AUGAUACAUUUACGAAAUUUCCUAGGAGGAACUUUAGAUGAGGUGAUGUCGAAACGAUCCCUAUCUGAUAACAGCGAUGGAUCGGAUCAGGACGACUCACAGUCGACCGUUGACGAUCAAGAAAUCGCGGCGAAGAAGCGACGGCUUGUUGCUUUCGAGACAGUUCGCCUCCUUUCCGUUACUGGAGUUAAUGAUAUCGAUGACAAGAAAGCGAAAGUGCAAGCGUACAAGCUUUCGGAAGCUUUGCGGCAUAAGAAUAAACAGCUGAAGACGAAGGAGCGGGAAAUAGAAAGGCUACGUCAACGACAAAUGACUGACGAGAAUACCAGUUGUACAAUCAACAGGCAUUGGAAUAAUCUCGACGAACAACUACGAUUAAUCGCAUUGAGGGGUGCUUCGUCUGAAGAAGUCGAAGAAUUGUUAGAAGGAGAUGAUGGAGCUCCCACAGGAGACUUUCUGGACGAAAUCGUUCAAAUGGAAGGUGUCCAGGGGGAGCAUGUGUACGAUAAGCGUGUGCAGCAGAGUGUUCGGUUACUGGACAAAAUCAUGCUGCAAUUAUCCAAGAAAUCUGAUCACCACCGAUCUUUCAGCAAGAAGUUGUUAACAAUGUUUGAAGCAUCACCCUUGGCUACGGAGAGUAGGGAUGAAGCCUUCCAGGCCGUCCUUGCUGAAAAUGAGCGAUUAACGGAAGAAAACAGCCGUUUACAACGUGAAACGAACCGAGCUCAACAGAAAUAUUCGCGGUCUAGUCUCAAGUUGAAAGAAUGUGAAGACCAAAUAACGAUGUUAACUACCCGUAAUGAAGAGUUAGCGAGGGAGUUAGAAGAAGCCAAAUUCGAUCUUGACAAAGCUCAACGCCAAGUGAAUAAGCUUGACUACAAAUUGUACACAUUAGCGAAGGACAACACGGUACACUGUGAACUGCGUUCUACUGCUAAGAUGCUCAAUGGUGUUUCUAAUGGAGGUGGACUGAGUGACUCACAGCUCGACGAGCUACGAGCUGAGAGCGAGCUGAAUUCUGAACUUGCUAACAAGAGGCUUCAAGAGAUACAUGAGCUGAAUGAACGAAUACAAAAGUUUGUUGAAGACACAGUACGAAUGGAAUGCGAUCUAAAGUCUGCGUACAGUUCAUCUGCACAAAUAAUGCAGAGUACCGAGUAUCAAAACCUGGUUGCAUUUUAUUCAGUUGUCAUUGAUGAAUGUCGGAGAUUAAGAAGUGAUUUUGAGGCAGUGACUGAAGAACGAGAUCUACUAAGGCAAGAGAUGCUUCAGAAGGUUGAAGAAAUGAAGGCCGAUGAACAUCAAUCAAUGCGAAAGAUGCGUUCUCUUUGCGAACAAAUCACCAGGGACCUGAAUCAAAUGCGAACUGAAUCUGACAUGCUGCGAAUGGAAUUCGAGCAAUCAUUAGCAGCUCACAGUAAGCAGGAUGCGAAACAGCAGGAUAUCAAAGUAUUGUUCGGUACCUUGAAAACGCAAAACUAUCAGUUGAAUUCUGAUGUGGCAAAGUAUCGGAAGAAGUGGAAAGAAGGCGUUAAUACCAACUACAAGAUUCAAACUGAACUGGACAGUGAACGACGUCGACUUGAGCGAUGCCUUGUAAUAGAGCUAGACGACGAAGACUCAAAUGAGCUAGCAAGUCCGGAUCAGUCACGGGAUGACCUCGAUAUCAGCGACGACGCGAACGGAGAAAGUGUCAGCUCCUUGCAAGCAAAAAUAUUGGAGCUGAAGCUCAAACUGGAAGUCUAUGCAGAUGUUGGAGCAGAUGUGAGAGACAAAGCUGAGCUGUUGGUACGAGAACGACGGUUAAAGAAAGAAAAUGAGCGGUUAAUACAUCAGAUCAAGCGGUUAGGAAAUAUUGAAAGGAAAGAGAGAAUGCGAUACUUUGAGAUGGAUGCGAACAGAUUGUUCUCACAAAAAGACAGUGAAAUUGAACGAUUGAAACGUGAAGUGGCUAUGUUGAAAGAUACAGAAGCAUCGCUUAUGCUUGAUCUCGACAACACUGGUUCGGCUCUUGAAGAACUACAAGAACAAAAUGCCAAACUCAUUUCUUUGCAAAAAGAGAACGACGAAGGUCAUAUCAAGAUGAUGAACGAUCGCAUCAUAGCUACACAACUGCAGGUCAAAAUAAAAGAGGAAAUGGCGCAUUUGGAGUCGCAAGUUAAUAAUCUGACAAGGCAAAUAGCGGCAUUGCAAUGCGAAAAAGAGUCACAAAAUGAGGCACUAAGGCUAGCGCUUGAGACGAUUGGAGUAAAGACAAAGGAGAAUGUGCGACAAAAUCGUAUGAUUGAAGCCCUUCGGAAGCAAGUAACAGAACAGUCAUUGAACACGGCUGAUUUGGGAACUCGUUGCGAGAAAAUUGCUGCACAGCUUAGGGAUGUUCAAGACGUAGUUGCUUCGAAGACUCUUCAACUUGAAGUAGUUGAUCAGAGGAAACGUCGGUUAGAAGAAGAAAACUCAACGCUUCGAAAACGUUUGGAGCGUGCGAAGAAAAGCGAGAAACUUGGAAGCACUGACGCCGUGUUAAUGGAAGAAAUACGGGAAUUGAAAGACGUGCUUACGUGCCCAUCUUGUAAAGUUAACAGAAAGGACGCAAUCCUUACGAAGUGCUUCCACGUAUUCUGCAUGAAGUGUUUGAAGACGAGGUACGAUACGAGGCAGCGGAAGUGUCCAAAAUGCAACGCCGGCUUUGGUGCAAAUGAUUUCCAUAGAGUAUACAUAGGAUAA